GGAACGGUUUCCUUUGUGUUUGGCCUGAUAUCUGAUAACCGCCGCUUCGGCGACUGAAAUCCUUCGUUGCUUUUUAUGGUUUCAUUGGCGGUUCCUUGAUUUUACGUUGUCCUUAUCUUUUUGUCAAUCGCAGUGUCGUUUCCCAUUUUUUACGUUUCCUUUCGUCAUUGGACCGGUAACUGAAAUACACUAUUUUCACGUCUGCUCAUUCUUUCCUCCAUUUUUUUACUCUUUCGUGGCGCCGGAACUUCCCUAUUGUCAUUUUGUUUUCUUUCUCAAAAAUUGUUUCCUCUCUCUUUGGUGCUCUUCUUUUCCCAAACCAUGGAGUUUACUCUGCUUUGUAACCUCGGAGGUCCGCGCAAUGCCAGCGUUUCUUUGCGGCUCCGACUGCUGCAUGUGUGGCCGGCGAAGUCUCCGGGGGACAUUAGGAUCUACAAUUACUGUACUCUUUGGGUCGAUGAAACGGGUAUGCUGAUACAGGGCGUCUCACCGACUUCGAUGGCUGCUGGGAUUCGUCGUAAUCUCUCGGUUGGCAAGAUAUACGUCAUAAAGACUUUUGCCCUGAGCAAUCCGCCGAAUCAGAAUCGGGCCUGUUCCUUUGAUUUGGCUUUGGGUCUUUCGCCUUCGGCUUCUUUUCAGCCCUGUUUUCUUCCUGCUGAAAGUUUCCCACUUGAUGCUUACGAGUUUGUGGCUUUCUCUCAGUUGAAUAUGCGUUCCAGUAACCAUCAUUAUUUGACAGAUGUCGUUGGCCGACUCAGUUCGAUCAGCUGGAUAUCGCACAAGAUCGCAAAUAACGGGCCUGCAGUCAAGCAGGCGGUUAUAGUUGAGGAUGAAAGGUUUGCUGAGAAACAUGAGGUUGUUGAAUCCUUGCCGAUUGAGUUUGCUACUGCGGCUGAUGCUACAGCUGAUGCAGAUCGUCGAACCAGGACUUUGAGUCAGCUGCUGGCGUUAUCCAGAACAAAUGCCUCACUGGAAGAGAAGUACCGCUGUGGUGGAGUGAUUGUUGAUGUCGAGUCAAGCACACCUUGGUAUUAUAUUUCAUGCAAGUUGUGUUCGAGGGCUGUUUCGAAGCGUCGUGAUGAUACGUUUUGGUGUUCAAAGGAUUGGCAGUUCGACGAGGAACAAACUCGCGUCAAGUUGCCGUUGCCGGGCCCAACUAGUUUCUCCUCGGGUGAAUUCCGUGUGACCCAAGUGGUUCCUCUUGAUGAUCUUACUGUGGUCGGUGAUCUGUUUGAGUUUUCUUCGCCCCCUCCAUUGGCUGCUCCUAUGGUGCGCGCAUCGAGUACCGUGGGGGGCCCUUCUGGUUCAUCGAGGGCCUCGAAGGGAAAGGAAAAGGUUUCAGACUCUCUUCUCAUUGAAGCUCCAGCUAUGCCGUUUAGCAUCACUGAUGAACCAGAUCUGAUUGACAAAUUUCCCAGUUAUGAGGGCAAGGAUUUUCGAAACCCUAUUUCUGCAAAUGUCAGAAAUGAAGAUAUUGAUACUGAGUCACGGGUUCUUGGAGGUUCUCAGGUUUCAGUGAUGGGUGUACAGGUGGGCUCUACCCGAACUGCUGCACCUGCUGUGAUGUCCUCUGCUGUUCAUUCUGCUGUACCAUCUGUCCAAUCUGCUGCUUCAAUGAUCCCCAGACGAUCAGCAAGAAUUGAAUAGUCUAUGAGCCCCGAGGAUGUUGGUCGUAGAUCAUCUAUGCCAGCUGCAAAAUUUUUAAAGCCAUCCCCCGAGUCAUCUCCUGGAAUGACCUUAGGUUCAACCGUCGUGUCCCCCUCGGCAUCGCCGUGAGUAUUUAAGUUUGUGUUAUUGUUCCCGUUCUUAGAAUGAAAAAUUCGAUUUGUUUCAAGGUUGGUUUCUCCACUGGCCAAGAUCAAGGUGGAGAAGUUGGAUCUACCGAAAGUGCUCAGGCGCAACAUGGUGGUUCCUCGCAGGCAGGUGUUGAUAUGGAAAGGGAUGCUUUGGUGGUAACACGCCAAAACACAACACCAAACUGCGACCAAGUGUAAUCGCAGUCCGGGAAUGCAGUAAAGUGGCAAGUUCUAU